AUGGCGCCGGGCACUCUCCGUGUCGCCCACUCCAGAUUUGGGGCCGGCCACACGCUGACCCUGCGGGUGCCCGCGGCGCGGCCCGGGCCAGCUGUGGCCUUCCUGACUGAGACGUUCCCCGGAGCUGAGCUCCGAGAGGCGCACGGCAGCCGCCUGUGCUUCCAGCUGCCGCCGGGAGGGCCCUGCUCCCUGGCUCGAGUCUUUGGAGAGCUGGCAGCCCGCGGCAGGGAGCACGGUGUGGAGGAGUUCUCAGUGAGCCAGACCACCCUGGAGGAGGUGUUCCUGUACUUCUCCAAGGACCAGGGAGAAGAGGAGGGGGAGAACAAGGAGGAGGCAGUAGUGGGGGCAGGCCCUGCACCAGGCCUCCAGCACCCCAAACUCAUCACCCAGGUCCUGGACAGCCCCAGUACGACUGAGACUGUGCUCUGAGCCUCACUCCCCUUUGCACCAAGGACCUGGAGCGGGAAGCGGGAACUCGGUUCCCUGGGCUGCCAGAGACAGAAGUCCCGGGAGAAAUAAAGAGCCUUGGUGGUGAAAGAG